AUAAAUCCUGCCUCUCCACCUUUCUAUCCCUCUUCUCUUUGCCACUCACACACACAAGCAGGGCUCCCGCAGCCAAACCUCACUCACAUACAAAUACACACACAGCCCAGCCUCUGUGCAGUCUAGUCCACAUUGGUUAUUUUGGUGCUUUGACAUUUUGCAUUCAUGGAGGACUACCACAAACCCGACCAGCAGACAGUGCAGGCGCUCAGGAACAUCGCCAACCGCCUCCGAAUCAACUGCAUCAAGGCUACCACCGCAACGGGCAGCGGACACCCUACAUCAUGCUGCAGCGUGGCAGAAAUCAUGUCUGUCCUGUUCUUCAACACAAUGAAGUACCGCACAGAGGACCCCAAGAACAUCAACAAUGACCGCUUCAUCCUCUCUAAGGGUCAUGCCGCCCCAGCCCUGUACUCCAUGUGGACAGAGACUGGCUUCCUGAAGGAGAGUGAGCUGCUCUCUCUGUGCCAGGUGGAGUCCAACCUGGAGGGACACCCCAUACCUGCGUUGGAGUUUCAGAAGCAGCAGUUUGUGGAUGUGGCUACUGGCUCUCUGGGCCAGGGCCUGGGUGUGGCCUGUGGGAUGGCCUACACCGGGAAGUACUUCGACAAGUCCAGCUAUCGUGUGUUCUGUCUGAUGGGGGAUGGGGAGCUGUCUGAGGGGGCAGUGUGGGAGGCCAUGUCCUUCGCCUCCUACUACCAGCUGGAUAACCUGGUGGCCAUCUUGGAUAUCAACCGUCUGGGCCAGACCGACCCAGCGCCCCUGCAGCACCACGUGGAGAAGUACCAGAAACGCUGUGAGGCCUUCGGUUGGCAUGCCAUCAUUGUGGAUGGGCACAGUGUUGAGGAGCUGUGUAAGGCUCUGAGCCAGGCUCGCCACCAGCCUACUGCCAUCAUCGCCAAGACCACCAAGGGCAAGGGCAUCCCAGCUGUGGAGGAUAAGAUGGGCUGGCAUGCCAAGCCCCUGCCCAAAGACAUGGCUGAGGGAGUUGUGAAGGAUCUGCAGGCGCGCAUCAUGAACAGCAGCAAGCGGCUGUACCCUGCCACGCCCAUGGAGGACGCCCCGCCAGUCAGCCUGUGCAACAUCCGCAUGCCCAGCGCACCCGCCUACAAGCAGGGAGAGAAGGUUUCCACCAGGAAAGCAUAUGGCAUGGCCCUGGCUAAACUGGGUCGUUACAACGAGCGCGUGGUGGUCCUGGACGGAGACACCAACAACAUCACCUACUCAGAGAUCUUCAAGAACGAACAUCCCAACCGCUUUGUGGAGUGUUACAUCGCUCAACAGAACAUGGUGAGUGUUGCCACUGGUUGCGCUGCCCGUGAGAGGAACGUUGUGUACGCCAGCACCCUGGCCUCCUUCUUCACCCGCGCCUACGACCAGCUCCGCAUGGCUGCCAUCUCAGAGAGCAACAUCAAUCUGUGUGGCUCCCACUGCGGCCUGUCCAUUGGAGAGGACGGGCCAUCUCAGAUGGGCCUAGAAGACAUAGCCAUGUUUAGGGCCAUCCCCACGGCAACCAUCUUCUACCCCAGCGAUGGCGUUUCUAUUGAAAAGGCAGUGGAGCUUGCCGCCAGCACAAAGGGUGUUUGCUACAUAAGAACCAGCCGCCCCGAGAAUCCCAUCAUCUACAGCAGCAAUGAGGACUUCCAUGUUGGACAGGCUAAGGUGGUGUACCAGAGUACGGAGGACAAGGUGACCGUGAUCGGAGCUGGGAUUACUCUGCAUGAGGCCGUGGCUGCAGCUGAGAUGCUCAAGAAAGAAAGGAUCUUCAUCAGAGUGAUUGACCCGUUCACCAUCAAACCCCUAGACUCCAAGACCAUCAUUGAGCAUGCUCGCCAGACCAGGGGGCGUAUCCUCACUGUAGAGGACCACUACUACGAAGGUGGUCUGGGGGAGGCAGUGUGCUCAGCGGUGGUGAACGAGCAGGGCUUCACCCUACAGCGGCUGGCCGUGGCCCACGUUCCCCGCAGCGGGAAGUCCAACGAGCUGCUCAAGAUUUACGGCAUCGACCGCGAAGCCAUUUGCCAGGCCAUCAGGAAGAUGGUCAGCGGCUCUGCCAACGCCAAGUAGCUCCACCCCUUCCUGCCUAAGCCCCACCCGACCAAAUUCUACCACCCCUCAGAUAAACGUUUCAUGUCACAUGACACCACCCCACCCGGUAACCUCGCCCUCUCACUGUGAAAGUCCACCCCUGUGUUUACUGAAGUAACGUGAGUUUGUGCUGAAUGGACAUUUUGACGUAACCGUCACACAUUUCACUUUUUUUUCCCUCAUACAUUACACACACACACACACACACACACACACACACACACACACACACACACACACACACACACACACACACACACACACACACACACACACGCAUACGCACGCGCACGCACACGCACACGCACACACACACACAAAACCCCACUCCCACUUCCUGGUAACCAUGGGUCAUCACAGGUUCAAGUUUAGAAAUGAAAAUGAGAGGUAGUCAUUAGUCCUCAAACCCGGUUGGCAGGUGUAGAUUCUCCAUACCACACAAUCCAAUAAAGACUGUACAUGUUGUUACUCAAUGCAGGUACCUUUAUGUGAUGCUCAUGUGUUUUUAAACUCUUCCUCUUUGAUAUUUUCAACCCCAAAACAACCAGCAGCAGUCUAUUUUAAUACUUUUAUAUUGUUCUGAUGUAGUUCUGAAGACAGGGUGGGGCAUGUGGUAGUGAAAUCUAGGUGUCGUCUCCAUGACAUGUGGUAGUGAAAUCUAGGUGUCGUCUCCAUGACAUGUGGUAGUGAAAUCUAGGUGUCGUCUCCAUGACAUGUGGUAGUGAAAUCUAAGUGUCGUCUCCAUGACAUGUGGUAGUGAAAUCUAAGUGUCAUCUCCAUGACAUGUGGUAGUGAAAUCUAAGUGUCAUCUCCAUGACAUGUGGUAGUGAAAUCUAAGUGUCAUCUCCAUGACAUGUGGUAGUGAAAUCUAAGUGUCGUCUCCAUGACAUGUUUGUAGAGCGUAGUCCAAUAAAAAAUAAAUACAGACAAUCAAAUAGAAAUGUAUGUGGGCCAUAAAUAUCAGUGAAGUGAAAAGAUCAUACAGUUUGAACCAUAUGUCUCUUUAAACCACAACACCCAACUUGUACUGGACAGCUCGUGUUAGCACAGCACACAUGAACUUCUUUUCAUCUCUACAGCUCAGGCGUAGACUAGCUAAACAUAUGGCGUCAGAGAACUGCCAAAAUGUUGUGAGUUCAACCUUUGGCAGAUAUCUAACUCCAUAUUAACACCUUUUACCUGGAUGAGCAAACAAGAAGAAGUACGUUAGCCCGAACUGUCUGAACAUACCAAUAAUGUUUCUAUUCCAUUUACAUUUUUGUCAUUUAGCGUAUGCUCUUAUCCAGAGUGACUUACAGGAGCAGGAUCAAUGUGUUCUCUACAGUAAAUAGUUUGACUUGGAGGUCGGGGAGAGGGAUACAGGGCCAGCUAGGACUUACAGUAUGGUUCAGCGUUUCCAUUUGAAUUCAGUCCAUUCAGGAAGUGAAUUGAUCCUAACCCUGGUUUAGAGAGAGUCUCUGUGCUUGUGGCCAUGGUGAUGUUGGGAGCAUGCUGUUACAUCUGAACUGUGAACCUCGUACAACACCUCCUUCGUUACUUGAACUUCUGUAUGUAUCUUAUACUUUUAUUUAUUAAAGCCCUCUGCAUUUGAAUUCUA